AUGAGUAGCCAAAACACAAGCAUACAGACUACGGGCACCUCCAACGGUAGUACUGUGGCGUCCUCACCUGCUACAGAGCCAAGUCACACCGUCCAGCUCUCCGAAGCAGCACUAAGGGAGCAUAACGCCAACGACGCCUUGAACGAGCAACAUUGGGCUGCAGAGGAAAAAAGGAGGAAGGAGAGACUGCAACAGGCGGCAAAGGAACUUGGUUUCGAACUUGACGCACUUGGUUUCGAGAGGUGA